ACUUCUCACUUUCUCUCUCUAAGAAUGAUUUGAUAGUUUUUUUUAGCAAUGCGAGUCAAGGAAAUGCAUCCGCUGUGUUGCAUAUCGUUGGAAAGCUCCGGGAUCGGAGAUCAAUCGCCGAACUCAGCUUCGCUUCGAACAGUCUCAUUCGGAUCUGAUGCGAGUUUUGCAGGCGUUCUUUAUAAAUGGACUAAUUUCGGUAAAGGAUGGAGAUCGAGAUGGUUUUUACUGAGAAAUGGUGUUUUAUCAUAUUCUAAGAUUCUACGGCAAGAGAUUUUAGACAGUGUUCGGAUGAUCGGCGAUGUAUCUUCAUCUAGAUUAUUAUCGCGACUUGAUAACUCCGGUAGUAGAAGGAAUCAUCAGAAAUCUCUUGGCAUUGUUCAUCUCAAGCAGGUGUCUUCAUUUAGAGAGAGUAAAUCAGAUGACAGGAGAUUUUAUAUCUUUACAGCUACCAAGACCUUGCAUCUGAGGACCAAAUCAAAAAAGGAUCGGGCAGUUUGGAUAGAAGCUCUAGUUUCUACUCGAAAUCUGUUUUCCUUGAGAUCUUUAAACGAUGGUUACUCUUCGUUUCUACAGAGGGAUAUAUCGAUAUCAACCGAAAGGCUUAAGAACAGGUUGCUAGAAGAAGGGCUUGACGAAGCUCUUGUUAAUGAUUGCCAACAGAUCAUGCUCUCAGAGUUUUCAGAAAUUAAAGGGCAAUUCAGCAUUCUCUGCGAAGAGCGUUCCAUUUUGUUAGACACAUUAAGGCAGCUAGAGGUAGCUAAUAUUGAAACUGAAGGAUCUGGUGUUCAUGAUAGUGACUACCAAUUAUUAAAGAAUGGAAUCUCCACUUUGAGGAAUGUGAAAUAUAGUGAAUGCAGCACAACCACAUCAUCCGAUGACAUUGACAAGCAAGAGGUUGAAGAAGUUUCAGAUGAAGAAGAGAACUUCUAUUAUGACACAGAAGAAAAUUUUUCUGACCCACCCAUAGAUUUUGGGUCUAUAACUGGAGUUUCAGGUCAAGUUAAUGAAACUAAAGAUUUGGAAAAGUUUGUUAAUGAAAUGCAGACCUUGAGCGCUGAAUCUGAUGCUAAGUAUCCACAAAUUGAGAGGCGAAAGAAGCUUCCUGAUCCGGUUGAGAAAGAAAAAGGCGUUAGCCUUUGGUCUAUGCUCAAAGACAAUGUUGGGAAAGAUCUUACCCGAGUCUGUCUGCCGGUAUACUUUAAUGAGCCAAUCUCAUCUCUUCAGAAAUGUUAUGAGGAUAUGGAAUAUUCUUAUCUGUUGGAUCACGCAAAUAAGCAUGGAAAAGAGGGGAACCGUCUCUUGAGAAUGUUAUAUGUUGCUGCUUUUGCGAUAUCUGGAUAUGCUUCAUCUGAAGGUAGACAUUGCAAACCAUUUAACCCUUUACUGGGAGAGACCUACGAGGCUGAUUAUCCUGAUAAAGGUCUUCGGUUCUUCUCUGAAAAGGUUAGUCAUCAUCCAACACUCAUUGCAUGCCAUUGUGAAGGAAGGGGAUGGAAAUUUUGGGGUGAUAGCAACCUUAAAAGUAAAUUUUGGGGUAGGUCAAUUCAACUUGAUCCAGUUGGAGUUUUGACCUUGGAAUUUGAUGAUGGAGAAAUUUUCCAUUGGAGCAAGGUGACAACAUCGAUUUACAAUCUUAUUCUUGGAAAGUUGUACUGCGAUCAUCAUGGAACCAUGGAAAUUAGUAGUAACCGUCAAUAUUCUUGUAAAAUCAAGUUCAAAGAACAAGCAAUUCUUGAGCGGAACCCUCGCCAGGUUACUGGAUUUGUUGAAGAUGAGAAUGGAAAAAAGGUUGCCACUUUAUUUGGGAAAUGGGACGAUAGCAUGUAUUACGUUAAUGGCGAUAGGAAUGUAAAGGGGAAAGAAUUUUCCGAUGCAAAUUUGUUGUGGAAGAGAGUUCAUCCUCCCCCCAAUCUUACACGAUACAACUUGACAUCGUUUGCAAUUACGUUGAAUGAGAUAACACCAGGAUUGCAGGAAGUGCUGCCUCUCACUGAUUCAAGACUCCGACCUGAUCAACGUCAUUUAGAGAAUGGAGAGUAUGAGAAGGCAAAUGCUGAGAAACUGCGGUUGGAAAUGCGACAAAGGAUGUCAAGAAAGCUUCAAGAGAAUGGAUGGAAACCAAGAUGGUUCCGUAGAGAAUCAGAAGACGCAACCUUCCGAUACAUAGGCGGUUAUUGGGAAGCACGAGAGAAGAGACAAUGGGAUGGAUGUCCUAACAAUAUUUUUGGUGAAUUUGGCGAAGAAGAUCUUCUAUCUUGUUCUCAGCCGUCAUCCUAAAUAAUUAUGAUAAUAAUAACAAUUAUUAUUAUGCCCCUCACCAUUACUCAAAGAGUGUGAUCGCGGUUGAGUUGGAUAUAUAUUCACAAUUCAUUUAGUAGAGACUGACAAGUUCCAAUAAAAGGAGGAUCCCCGAAAAUGAUGUAGAUCCUCAUCCUCCCAUCAGGUUUUCAUGAAACCUUUCCCUUUUUCUUUCAUUAUGUAAUUUUUCCCCUUUAAUCUGUCUCUUUGAGCAUUUAAUUGGGAGGAGGAUACAUAGACAUACUUGUAAGUUAGGUUGGUAGGGAAAUUAUUGAUAGAAGAGAAAAUAGUUCAUUGCCAUAUGAACAUUCUACAUCAUUUUGUGUAUACAACAUUGAUCGUCGUCUUUCAAAUUUGGCGAAAAAUGGUAGUAAAUACUUGACUAUAAUAACUUCUUAUUUGAUUUUUCAUGAAUUCGAA